AAUAUUAAUCUUUCCACGACUAACGUGAUUUUAGGUCAAGACUUAAGAACACUUGGUUAUAAUAAGGUACAACGCAAAAGAUCAUCUCUAGCUCUGUAUUUUGCAUUAUUGCAUACUGUUGUAACCGUUGACUUCAGUUCCUUCGAUGGAAUUCGUGGCUUCUUCUUCUUCCUUCUCACAGUCGAAACCUUCAUCAUCCUUCUCAAAAUCGAAACCCAAACGGCUGUACGAUGUGUUCAUAAAUUUUAGGGGAGAAGACACUCGAGGGAAGUUCGUUUCUCAUCUUCAUUAUGCCCUCUCAAAAGCUGGAGUCAACACUUUCAUUGACGACGAGAACCUACUUAAGGGAAUGACACUGAAAGAUGAACUGAUGCGAGCAAUAGAAGGGUCUCAGAUAUCUUUGGUUGUUUUCUCCAAAAGCUAUACUGAAUCUACUUGGUGUCUUGAUGAGCUUGAAAAAAUUCUUGAAUGCCGCAAACUUCAUGACCAAAUAGUUAUGCCCAUAUUUUACGAUAUUGAACCAUCCGUUGUUCGACAUCAGAAGGGUGCUUUUGGAAAAGCUUUAAAAUCAGCUGUAGAAAAAACAUAUUCAGGAGAGCAUGCGGAACAAGUGUUGUGGAGGUGGAGCAGCGCACUCAACAGAGCUGCAGAUUUAUCCGGUUUCCAUGUAGUAGAUCGCAGGAAUGAAGCUAUACUAGUGAAGGAAAUUGUUGAGGAUGUUCUCCGCAAACUAGUCUACGAAGACUUGUACGUUACUGAAUUUCCUGUUGGAUUAGAAUCCCGUGUACAAAAAGUAAUUGGAUUAAUUAAUAAUCAAUUCACCAAAGUUUGUAUGAUAGGGAUAUGGGGAAUGGGAGGAUUAGGUAAAACUAGCACAGCCAAAGGAAUCUACAAUCAAAUUCAUCGUAAAUUCAUUGAUAAAAGUUUCAUUGAAGAUAUUAGAGAAAUUUGUCAAACAGAAGGAAGAGGGCAUAUCCUUUUACAAAAAAAACUUCUUUCAGAUGUCCUAAAAACAGAGGUCGAUAUACUUAGUGUUGGGAUGGGCAAAACUACUAUCAAGGAAAGACUUUCUGGAAAAAGGAUGCUCGUUGUACUUGAUGAUGUGAAUGAGCUUGGCCAAGUAGAACACUUAUGUGGAAAUCGUGAAUGGUUUGGUCAAGGAACUGUAAUAAUCAUUACAACAAGAGAUGUACGCCUACUGAAGCAACUUAAAGUUGAUUCUAUUUAUAAAUUGGAGGAAAUGGACAAAAACGAGUCCCUUGAGCUUUUUAGUUGGCAUGCUUUUGGAAAUGCAGAACCAAGAGAAGACUUCAAGGAACUUGCAAGAAGUGUAGUUGCUUAUUGUGGAGGACUACCACUAGCUCUUCGAGUCCUUGGUGCUUAUUUAAUUGAGAGGCCAAAGCAACUGUGGGAAAGUGUAUUGUCAAAACUAGAAAAAAUUCCCAAUGAUCAAGUACAGAAGAAAUUAAGAAUAAGCUUUGAUGGUUUAAGUGACCCCUUGGAAAAGGAUAUAUUCCUUGAUGUAUGUUGUUUCUUUAUUGGUAAAGACAGAGGCUAUGUUACUGAAAUACUAAAUGGCUGUGGACUACAUGCUGAUAUUGGAAUAACAGUUCUCUUAGAGCGUAGCCUCAUCAAAGUUGAGAAGAACAACAAACUUGGAAUGCAUCCUUUGUUACGAGACAUGGGAAGAGAGAUAAUUUGUGAAAGUUCACGAAACAAACCUGGAAAGCGCAGUCGAUUGUGGUUUCAAAAGGAUGUACUUGAUGUAUUGACAAAGAAUACUGGGACAGAAACUAUUGUGGGUUUGGCGCUGAAAUUGCAUUAUAGCAGUAGAGAUUGCUUCAAUGCUUAUGCUUUUAAGGAAAUGAAGAGUUUGAGACUUUUGCAACUUGAUCAUGUACAUAUCACUGGAGAUUAUCAGUAUCUUUCUAAGCAACUGAGAUGGGUCUGUUGGCAAGGGUUUCCUUCAAAAUACAUACCUAACAAUUUCAAUCUGGAAGGUGUAAUUGCAAUUGAUUUAAAACACAGUAAUCUUAGACUUGUCUGGAAGAAACCCCAGGUUUUGCAGUGGCUAAAAAUCCUCAAUCUUAGUCACUCCAAGUACUUGACAGCAACCCCUAACUUUUCAGGACUACCAAGUCUUGAAAAGCUGAUUCUCAAAGAUUGUCCAAGUUUGAGCAAGGUACACAAAUCCAUUGGAGAUCUCCAUAAACUUGUAUUGAUAAAUAUGAAGGACUGUACAAGCCUAAGCAAUCUCCCCAGAGAGAUGUAUCAGUUGAAAUCUGUGAAAACUCUCAACCUAUCUGGUUGUUCAAAGAUUGACAAAUUGGAAGAAGAUAUAGUGCAGAUGGAAUCCUUAACAACUCUAAUUGCUGAAAAUACUGCUGUUAAACAAGUGCCCUUUUCAAUUGUAAGCUUAAAAAGCAUUGGAUAUAUAUCCCUAUGUGGAUAUGAAGGAUUGUCACGUAAUGUUUUUCCAUCUAUCAUUUGGUCUUGGAUGUCACCAACAAUGAAUCCUCUAUCUUGUAUUCAUUCAUUUUCUGGCACUUCAUCAUCUCUAGUUUCCAUCGAUAUGCAGAAUAAUGAUUUGGGUGAUCUGGUACCAGUGCUUACCAACCUUUCAAACCUUCGAAGUGUUUUGGUGCAAUGUGACACAGAAGCUGAACUAUCUAAACAAUUAGGAACAAUUUUGGAUGAUGCAUAUGGUGUAAAUUUUACAGAAUUGGAAAUAACAUCAGAUACAUCUCAAAUUUCAAAGCAUUACUUGAAGUCUUAUUUGAUUGGAAUUGGAAGUUACCAAGAAUACUUCAAUACUCUCAGUGAUAGCAUAUCAGAGAGAUUGGAAACCAGUGAGUCUUGUGAUGUUUCUCUCCCAGGUGACAACGAUCCUUAUUGGUUGGCCCAUAUCGGCAUGGGACAUUCAGUGUAUUUCACUGUACCUGAGAAUUGUCACAUGAAGGGAAUGGCUUUGUGUGUUGUUUAUUUAUCAACCCCUGAAAAGACAGCAACUGAAUGUCUUAUUAGUGUCUUAAUGGUUAAUUACACUAAGUGCAGCAUCCUGAUAUGCAAGCGAGACACAGUAAUUUCCUUUAAUGAUGAAGAUUGGGAGGGCAUAAUGUCACAUUUGGGAUCUGGAGACAAGGUGGAGAUUUUUGUGGCUUUUGGGCAUGGAUUAGAGAUCAAGAAGACAGCUGUCUAUCUAAUGUGUGAUGAAUCAAUUGACAUGAAAAUGGUGCCUUCUCCUGAGCCAAAGAAAGUGUCAAAGAAAAAUGCCUUUGUAAGAAUCAUAAAGAAAAUUGUAACGAGCAAGAUUCAAGAGCAGUAGAGGUUUCAACCAAUUUUUACUGGGCAUGCCAAAGUUGUAGUAUAGAAUUUCCAUACUUUUUCAUAGAGAAAGGAGAGAAUAACUUGUGUUGGUUGAUUGAAAUGAUUCAUAAGUUAUUUUAGGUUUAAUCACUCUUUUGGUUUCUAUAGUUACAACAACUUUUCAUUUUAGUCCUUACAGUUUAAAAUAUCCAAUUUUGAUUUC